GUCUAAGUGAGAUGGAACUGAGAAGAAGAAUAAAAGCGUCAUUCUUACGUUUUUUUGUUCUUCUAUAAGUUUCACAGCGAAGCUUAGUUAGAAAAAAAAAAAAAAAAGAAAAAAAGAAGCCUUUUGAAAGCAAUCAACUUUAAUCUUUCAACGACACUUUCUUCAACUAACACUAAGUUGUUGUUGUUGUUGUUUUGUUGCUCUUUCUUCUCCUUCCCCUUAGAUCUCUUUCUUUUUUUUUUUUAACUUGAGUCUUAUCCCUUUGGAUUUUUAUUCGAUUUUUGAUUUCGAUUCCUCUGUUUGAUCAGUUUCUUUAAUAGAACCUCUGAUCUGGGUUUUUCCUCUUCCUACUAACUUUUACAUUGCUUGGGUUUUAGAAACUGGUGGAGUUAGAUCGAUUCAAAAACCCUCCCCAAGAUAAGAUUUUAAUUAUAUAUAAAAAAUAAAAUAAAAAAGAGAAAGCUUUUCACAGGUCUUUUUGGGUUUUCUUGUCUCAUUCUGACCAAUGGGUUCACAGGUUUCUUGUCUACUAGUUGCUUGAGGCUUUUUUGGUUUGGUGGAGUUGAGUUGAGUUAUGAGAAGAGGUAGAGGAAAAGGCAAGAGGCAGAGCGCUUCUGCUAGAGAAGAUCGAGGAAGCGGCGAGGAAGAGAAGAUUCCAGCUUACAGGAGAAGAGGGAGGCCACAGAAGCCGGUGAAAGAUGAAAUCGAGGGAAAAGAGGAAGAAGAGCUAGUGAAGAAAAAGACAGAAGAGGAAGAAGAGAAGGAUGAUGGUUCAGUAACAAGUAAAGAAGAUGUGACAGGGAAUGGGAAAAAAAGGAAGAAACCAGUAGAGUCUAAAGAGAGCAAUUUAACCGAAGAAGACAAUGCGAUAGGAUCCAAAUCAAGCACAGAUGAUUCGACGAAAUCAUCCUUGUCUAUUGGGUUUAGGCAGAAUGGGAGCAGAAGGAAGAACAAACCAAGACGAGCUGCUGAAGCUGUUUUUGAAUGUAAUGGUGUUUGAAACCACCUUUUUGGUGUUCUUUGUUGGUUGCUUUUGCUGUUAGAAACCCAAGUUUAAUGCGGGGUGCAUUUUGGUUUCAUUACAUGGAAAUCAGAAUUUCGAUUUUUCCGACA